AACAUGAACACCACUGAACCAGGCUCCAACUUCACCUUUACCUCAAACACAGAAAAUGUGACUCUGUCCAACCUGACCACCACCACCAUCUCUGCCACCAUCUCACAGCCUCCAUCUUAUUCUUCAGACAACUAUGACCCAGAAUACACCAUCAUGGUGGUACUGGGCUUAUCACUGCUACUGGCAGGGUUAGCGGCCUUCCUGGCAGUAUGCCGGCCCUCGGAACAGGAUGGGGAGUCUGAGGCGGGCUGUAGCCCAGGGGAGAGCUUAACCCGCGGAAGAAGCCGGUCCAGUGAGCCACAGCUCAAGGUGUGGAAAAGGCUGGGCUCAUAUCGGCGUUCAUACAACCUCUCUUUCAGACGACCGCCCCAUCGCAGGCCACACGAGCGCGAGAGCACACAUGUGUCUCGGUCUCCGGCCCGACAGACACCACAGCCAGAAGCCAGUGUGGAGCCCCACCUCACUAUGCCUUGUCUAUUUGACUAUGUCACUGAAAUCUGACUUGAGGACAGGCUGAGGCCUGACUGACUACUCCCCAAAACAAGUGAUACACUGUAUAUUUUACAGUUGGUGCUAAUACCAGGUGUGGGUGAAGAGUAAAGACAAAUAAUUUUCAGCAUUUGUUUUAACAUACUUUGAAUGCUACUUGGAUAUGGUUUGCAACAAAACAAUUGUUUAAAAAUUAUGCACUCAAAAAGUCAUUGUAGAAGAGUUUACACAUUUUUGUGACUGAUCUAUUCACCCUCUAUAGAAGGCAGCAUUGUUGUGCAGGGAUGCGCUUUUUCAGCACAGCUCUGUACUAUAUUCAUGAGAGGAAAAAAUUAUUUCAUCUGAAAACAACUCAAUUUGAUUACAAUUCUCUCAGUAAGGAUUUGAUGCAUCAUCACAUUCCACACAGGACUAAACUGGAUCUGAUUCGAUUACAUUAAAAUUUUUCCAAGGAGUAUAAAAGCAACUAAACAGAUAAAGCGAAC